AUGUGGCCCAUUGCUAGAAAUUUAGUAAAUGUCCAUGUCUGGCAUAGUGGCAAGUUUGUGUCAGAACCUAGUCUGAAUUAUUUAAAUGGUAUAUGUUUUACUGUUGACAAAUGGGAUGUAGAUGAGAUAAAUUCCAUUGAUUUAGGCAAAGUUGUAAAAAGGUUGGGGUAUGUCUCAUUUAAUAUAUGGUAUAGACACCCUGAUUUUGGACUUUCUAGUGGUUGUAAGCCAUUUAGGGAUGAUGGAGAUGUGGUGGCUUUUCUGAAUGAUGGUGUUUAUGGUGGACAGCUGCUUACUGCUGUUGGUAAGGAUGGGAACAACCGGAUGUUCCCAAUUGCCUUUGCUGUUGUUGAGGCUGAGACUAGAGAUUCAUGGGAAUGGUUUGUGUCCCUAUUACUGGAUGAUCUGAACACAAUACAAUCAAGGAGGUGGUCAUUUAUUUCAGAUCAACAGAAGGGCUUGGUUCCCACCUUAGCAGCAUUGAGUGAAGAUGUGGACCAUAGAGUAUGUGUUAGGCAUGUUUAUGGAAACUGGAGAAAGAAGUAUCCAGGAGAGGAAAUGAAAAAUGCACUAUGGUCAGCUGCUAGAUCAUGCACUGUGCCUCAAUUUGACAGGGCAAUGCAAAAGCUUAAGGAGAUGAAUGAAGAAGCAUGGAAGGAGCUAUGUGAGAUACCUCUUAAGCAGUGGGCAAAAGCACAUUUUAGUACUCAUUCUUUGUGUGACCUGCAAGUGAACAACAUGUGCGAAGCUUUCAACAUGGCAAUUCUGGAACACAGGGAUAAACCCAUCAUAUCACUCAUUGAAGGCCUAAAGCACUACAUCAGCUCUCGGAUUGUGAAGCAGAGGGACUUAAUGUUGAGGUACAAGGGAAACAUAUGCCCCAUGAUUCAGGAGAAAUUGGAGGCUCACAAGUUAGCAGCACAAAACUGGGCACCACAUUGGAAUGGUGAUACCCUUAAUUCAAAAUUUGAGGUUACAGAUGGGACUAACAAGUAUCGUGUGGAGCUGGCCAAAAAUCAUUGUGCAUGUAGGAGAUGGGAUUUGACAGGUAUCCCAUGCUGCCAUGCUAUUCCUUGCAUGUGGCAUAACCGUACUCACCCUGAAGAAUAUGUGGACAACUACUAUAGGUAA